AUGAGUAAAACUUCUGUUAGUAGGAUCGUUAAAGAGACUACAGAAGUAAUUUGGACUGAGCUGUUUAAAGCAGGAUAUCUUAAGGUCCCAAGUAGCGAAGACGAAUGGAGAAAAACAGCAGAAGAAUUUGAGGAGAAAUGGAACUUUCCAAGCUGUGUUGGUGCAAUAGAUGGAAAGCACGUUGUUAUGCAAGCCCCUGCCCGCAGUGGGUCAUUCUUUAUUAACUAUAAGAAGAACCUCAGUAUAGUAUUGAUGGCUGUUGUGAAUGCCAACUACGAAUUUACAAUGAUCGACAUUGGAGAUUCAGGAAGACAAAGUGAUGGAAGGGUUUUUGCAGCAAGCAAGCUUGGUUUUGCUAUAGAUGAUGGUUUGUUGAAACUCCCUAAAGCUAGAAUGUAG